AUGGAGGGCGCGGGGGGCGGCGGGGCCCCCCCGGGGGGUUCGGACCCCCCCGACCGUGCUGUCGAAUACCUGCUGGAGUUGAACCGGAUUAUCGCGACUCAACGACAUCUCUUGGCCUCGCAGCGCCGCCGCAUCGCCCAGCUCGAGGGGCAGCUCCAGCGCCUGGCCCGGGAAAACCGGCACCUGCGGCAGAGGGCGGGGGGGGCGCCCGCCCCCCCCCGGCACCAGGGCCACGCGGACCCCGACGGUCAAUACCAAAACCACUUGGACCCGGAGGGGCAAUUCCCACCCUGCGCCGAUCCCGACCUGCCCUACGCGCCCCAUCCCGACCACGACGGGCAAUACCCGCCCCAUCCGGACCGGGACCUCCCCUACCAGGGACACGUCGACCACGACGGGCAAUAUAGCGGCCAUACAGACCGCGACGGCCAAUACCCACCCCACUUGGAUCGCGACGGGCAAUACCAGGAGCAUCUGGAUCGCGACGGGCAAUACCAGGAGCACUUGGAUCGCGACGGGCAAUACGCCGGGCGUACGGACCGGGAUAGACCCUACGCGGCUCAUCUGGAUCGCGAUGGGCAAUAUGAGGCGUUAACGGACCGCGAUGGGCCGUAUCCCAACCGUGCUGAUCACGAUAGGGCCUACCAGAGCCGUAAGGAUCGCGACAGACCUUACCAGGCCCGUACGGAGCGGGAUGGGCAAUAUAUGAGCCGUACGGAGCGGGAUGGGCAAUAUACGGGUCGUAUGGACCAGGAUGGGCAGUAUCAUGGCUGCUUGGAGCGGGAUCUCCAGUACCAGCCCCACUUGGACCUGAGCCGUAUGGAGCGCGACGGGCAGUAUCCGAGCCAUACGGACCGGGAUGGGCAAUAUCCGAGCCGUAUGGAGCGGGAUGGGCAAUAUCCGAGCCAUACGGACCGUGAUGGGCAGUACACGAGCCGUAUGGAGCGGGAUGGGCAAUACACGAGCCGUAUAGACCCGGAUGGGCAAUACACGAGCCGUAUGGAGCGGGAUGGGCAGUACCAGAGCCACGUGGAGCGGGAGCUGCAGUACCGAGGCCGGGAUGGGCAUUAUCCGCCCUGUCUGGACCGGGAAGGGCCGUAUCCUGCCCCGUGCUCCAGGGAUCGUUGCGGCGCUUCCCAUCAUCACCAUCACCAUCACCACGGCCGGGAUUGGGAGCGGGAUUGGCCGCGGGGGCCCCUCAGCCGCAGCUCCAGCCCCGGGGGGGGAGGACACAGCACCAGCGCCAGCACCAGCCCCGCCACCACCCUGCAGCGCAAGUCAGACCGGGACAGCUCGAGGACAGUGAGGUCAGUGCUGCCCCCCCCAUGACCUUUGACCCCGCCCCCCCUUGACCUUCCCCC